AUCAAGAAAAGUGAAGUUUUAUCGUUAUUUAAUUGGUACUUUUUAAAUCUUAUAAUAUUGAACUUGGAACUUUUUUGAUUUUCUGCAUUAUUGAACCUAAAAACAUAAAAUUAGACAUAAUGUAGAUGGUAUGUUCAUUAUGAAGAAAGAUAUUCUAAAGGCUGGAAUGAAUGACAUUAUAAAAGGUAAUAACCGACGUGGUCGUGGACGGUCACGUACGACAAGAGGUGGAUGGCGUUCCCAAGUUCCUGAUGUUGCACUCUAUCAGCGUGCAACGGUUUGGCCGCAACAAAAUUAUAAUGCCACGUACGGUCAGCCACCUAUAGUUUUAUUACCUCCAGAAUACAUCGCACCAACUCAUUUAGAACAAUAUAUUCCAACACAAUAUUAUGAUUACUUUUCAUCUUAUCCCCAGUAUGAAUAUAACCAUCAGCAAUAUUAUAAUCAACAACCAACUUAUAUGCCAUAUCCCCCAGUGCACGCAAUACCACGCUCCACCCUUCCCUCAGCAACAACAACAGCACCACCACUACCUCAAACAACAGCACCACCUCCGCCACCAACAAUAGCACCACCACCGCCACCAAUAACAGCACCACCAUCGUCAGAAGCAACACCAACAUUAGCACCACCUCCGCCACCAUCGUCACAACCGCCACCAACAGCAGCAACACUGCCGCCAAACUCAGAACCAUCUUUGGAUACAUCUCAACCAUCGGUUGAGAACAGUUCAGAUGGAACAUCAUCAAACAAAUGUGUAAUCGCGUAAACACUAAUGGGUAAUUUUUUAAUUAAGAAAAAUACAUUUUAUUCAACAUAUGAAGUUAAAUUUAUCUUUUAUAUUAUAAUUUUUAUUAAAAUAAAAUACAUACAAAU